AUGGUUGUCACACCGAAAGUGCGACAGGAAGCUCGGUACUACUUCAAUUGUCCGACACUAGAAGGUGCAGAGAUCGAAGAUCAAGGAGGUCCCGGUACAAUGGGGGCUCAUUGGGAAAAACGAGUGCUAGAGGUAGGACGAUUCAGCAGGAUACUUGAAACAUGGAGAGCAGUCGUAACAUGCGUUUAA